AUGGAGCCGCUGGCCGCCGCCAGUCAGCUGGGAGCGGGGCGCGAGUCUGGCUCCUCCUCCUCGUCCUCAGCUUCGUCCUCUUCCUCGUCCUCCCCUCACUCCAAGCAGGAGCUGCAGCCCUACGCCGGCUCCAGCCCUCUGAAGCCCAACCAGGUCGGGGAGACCUCCCUCUACGGCGUCCCCAUCGUGUCGCUGGUCAUCGACGGGCAGGAGCGCCUCUGCCUGGCGCAGAUCUCCAACACGCUGCUCAAGAACUUCAGCUACAAUGAGAUCCACAACCGUCGGGUGGCGCUGGGCAUCACCUGCGUGCAGUGCACGCCGGUGCAGCUGGAGAUCCUGCGCCGAGCCGGCGCCAUGCCCAUCUCCUCGCGCCGCUGCGGCAUGAUCACCAAGCGCGAGGCCGAGCGGCUCUGCAAGUCCUUCCUGGGCGAGCACAAGCCGCCCAAACUGCCCGAGAACUUCGCCUUCGACGUGGUGCACGAGUGCGCCUGGGGCUCCCGGGGCAGCUUCAUCCCCGCGCGCUACAACAGCUCCCGCGCCAAGUGCAUCAAGUGCAGCUACUGCAGCAUGUACUUCUCGCCCAACAAGUUCAUCUUCCACUCGCACCGCACACCCGACGCCAAGUACACGCAGCCCGACGCCGCCAACUUCAACUCCUGGCGCCGCCACCUCAAGCUGACCGACAAAAGCCCGCAGGACGAGCUGGUCUUCGCCUGGGAGGACGUCAAAGCCAUGUUCAACGGCGGCAGCCGCAAGCGAGCCUUGCCCUCCUCGGCCGCGCCGUCCAACCACGCGCGGCCCCCGCAGCCGCCGCCGCCUUGCCACCCUCUGGCUUCGGUCAGGACCGGCGGAGUGGGGCUAGCCGGCGGCGGGGGCAGCUUCUGCAGCAUCCCGAAACCUUUGCUGGGCACCGGGAUGACCGGGCGGAACUACCCGGUCAUCCCGGUGCCCAGCAAAGGUUUCGGGAUGCUGCAGAAGCUGCCCCCGCCGCUCUUCCCGCCGCCCUACGGCUUCCCCGCCGCAGCCUUCGGCUUGUGCCCCAAGAAGCAGGAGGACUCCCUGGGCGGGCCCGGCGGCGACCCCAGCAAGGGCAGCUACCUCUCGGCCUUCCGCCCGGUGGUGAAGGACGCAGAGAGCAUCGCCAAACUCUACGGAACCAGGGAGGUUUACGGCGGCCCCCGGGGCUGCCCGGGCUACCUCUCCCCGGACUUCCUCAGCGAGGGCAGCUCCAGCUACCGCUCCCUCUCGCCCGGGAACGAGACGGCGGGAGAGCCGGACGUGGACGUGGAGUCGAACCGCUUCGCGGAGGACGAAGACGAGGAAGACGAGGCGCCGGGGGGAGACGUCCAGCACUCCCCGCCGCCGCCGCAGCUGCUCCUGCCCGAGGCGGACGAGUCUCUCGCAGCAGCCCCGGGGGGAGGCCUGGCGACGGCCGAGAAGGCGGCGGAAGCGGAGGAGAGUCCCUCGGAGAGGACCAGCAGCCGGGCUGGCUACGAGCUCCGGGUGAUUGGCACCCAAAGCGUAGCUAUCCCAGCCUCUGUCCACAAGACGAUCAGCUUCGAAUGUCUGUUUCCAUCGAAUUUCCCGUUGUUCGCAUUUGAACAGGGGAAAUUGGGAGUCAGCUCCGUAGAACUAGAGAGUCUAAACCCGGAUUUUACCUUGGAGCGGAUUGAAAUACGAUUACUGGGGUUGGCCUAUCCUCCAGGGAGGGACGAGUGUCCGCAGGCGCUCAAAGCCGGAGGCCCACCCAUCACUCCCUACCACUGCGCCCCAGACAAAAACGACCCAGAGCACGAAGACAAUCACUCGGCCGCAGAGGAUCUGGAGAGCAAGAAAACCUCCCCGAAGCAAAGAAGCGUCUCGCAGCCCAGCCCGACUCACGCCGAGCGAGGUGAGGAAAUGACCAUCCUCGACGUCACCGGGACUCCGUUGGGAGAGAAGGACCUGGGCGCUCUGGCGAGAGACGAGCUGCAAAGGCUCCUCCUGGAGCAGAUGGAUCUCAGGAAGAAAUUGGAGCGGGAAUUCCAGAGUCUCAAAGAUAACUUCCAGGACCAGAUGAAGCGCGAGCUGGCCUACCGGGAGGAGAUGGUGCAGCAGCUGCAGAUCGUGCGGGAUACCCUGUGCAACGAGCUGGACCAGGAACGGAAGGCCCGCUACGCCAUUCAGCAGAAGCUCAAAGAGGCCCACGAUGCGCUGCACCACUUUUCCUGCAAGAUGCUGACUCCUCGCCACUGCGCCGGCAACUGCUCCUUCAAGCCUCCCUUGUUGCCCCAGUGA